UGCCCAUUAGCGGGAAAUAUUAGCGGAUACAAACUGAAAAGUAAUUUUUUUUAACAAAAAUAACGCUACUGGUAGAUAGCAAUAAUAUGUCGUGUAAUUUUAAUACAUUCAUUAAAAAUAGUGUACGUUAAGUUAUGGUGGGGUUGUCAGAUUUCCGACAUCCAGUGAAGGCAUUCAUCAGUCUCAUUGUGGCCCUGCGGAUCUAACGCCAUCACACGCAGCAGCCACGGCGUCGCGAGCAGCGAGGCGACGGGACGUCAAGCCACCGCAGCAGCGCAGCCUUUAUCACGGUCCACUUUUUUCAUCCCGGAGGCGAUGGAGCAGCGAGGUCUGGAUUAUUAGUUACCUCUGAAACCGGCCCGUGUUUUGGCAGCACGCAAAGCAAUGUGGAGGAAAUAAAGAUCCUGAUACGGUGAAAGCCAGAGGAAGUGACCAGAAGAGGAGAAGCACCUGUUUGAUGAGCCGGGGUGGAGACUCGGACAGUCCCAGCUGAUGCCUUUCAAACUUCCAGCUCUGAGCUGUGACAGAUUAUAGAUAAUGGGCUGUGUGCAAUGCAAGGAUAAGGAGGCAACCAAACUGACAGACGACCGAGACACCAGCAUCUCCCAGGGAGCCGGGUACCGCUAUGGGGCUGACCCCACGCCGCAGCACUACCCCAACUUCGGGGUUACUGCCAUUCCAAACUAUAACAACUUCCAUGCUCCUGUCGGACAGGGGGUGACCGUCUUCGGAGGAGUCAGCACCUCCUCCCACACUGGAACCCUGAGGAACCGCGGUGGGACAGGCGUCACACUCUUCGUGGCACUUUAUGACUACGAGGCUCGGACAGAAGAUGACCUGAGCUUCAGGAAAGGAGAACGUUUCCAGAUUAUUAACAGCACCGAAGGGGACUGGUGGGACGCUCGCUCGCUCACCACUGGGGGCAGCGGCUACAUUCCCAGUAAUUACGUGGCUCCAGUGGACUCCAUCCAAGCUGAAGACUGGUACUUUGGUAAACUGGGCCGUAAGGAUGCAGAGAGGCAGCUGCUGUCCACCGGAAACCCACGAGGAACCUAUCUUAUCCGAGAGAGUGAAACCACAAAGGGGGCCUUCUCCCUGUCCAUACGGGACUGGGACGAUGUGAAAGGAGAUCACGUCAAGCACUAUAAGAUCCGCAAGCUGGACAGCGGCGGUUAUUACAUCACCACCAGGGCUCAGUUCGAUACGCUGCAGCAGCUGGUCCAGCACUACUCAGACCGAGCUGCAGGUCUCUGCUGUCGCCUGGUGGUUCCCUGCCACAAAGGGAUGCCCCGCCUCGCCGACCUGUCCGUCAAAACCAAAGAUGUGUGGGAGAUUCCGCGGGAGUCACUGCAGCUGAUCAAGCGUCUUGGAAACGGGCAGUUUGGGGAGGUCUGGAUGGAGAGUGCGGAUGGUUUGUGCUUUAAUUUAACGGGCGUGUGUGUGAACUACAUCCCUGACACUGUGGGCUUGAGUCAUGAUGCCUGGGAGAUCUGCAGAGAUGCACUUGAGUUGGAAGUAAAGCUGGGGACGGGAUGUUUUGCUGAAGUGUUUUACGGAACAUGGAACGGCACCACCAAAGUGGCGGUGAAGACGCUGAAGCCCGGCACCAUGUCCCCAGAGUCCUUCCUGGAGGAGGCACAGAUCAUGAAGAAGCUCCGCCAUGAUAAGCUGGUGCAGCUGUACGCUGUGGUGUCCGAGGAGCCCAUUUACAUCGUCACAGAAUACAUGGGCAAAGGAAGCCUGCUGGAGUUCUUGAAGGAUGGAGAAGGACGAGGGCUGAAGCUGCCUAACCUGGUGGACAUGGCUGCUCAGGUGGCAGCAGGCAUGGCCUACAUCGAGAGGAUGAACUACAUCCACAGAGACCUGCGCUCCGCCAACAUCCUGGUCGGGGACAACCUGGUCUGCAAGAUCGCCGACUUUGGUCUGGCCAGGUUAAUUGAGGACAAUGAAUACACGGCUCGGCAAGGUGCAAAGUUCCCCAUCAAGUGGACCGCCCCCGAGGCUGCACUGUACGGGAAGUUCACCAUCAAGUCCGACGUGUGGUCGUUUGGCAUCCUGUUGACGGAGUUGGUCACCAAGGGCCGGGUGCCGUACCCAGGCAUGAACAACCGGGAGGUCCUGGAGCAGGUGGAGCGGGGCUACCGGAUGCCGUGCCCCCAGGACUGCCCCAUCUCUCUGCAUGAGCUGAUGCUGCAGUGCUGGAAGAAAGACGCAGAGGAGAGGCCCACUUUCGAGUACCUGCAGGCCUUCUUGGAGGACUACUUCACAGCCACUGAGCCUCAGUACCAGCCCGGGGAUAAUCUUUAAACACCCCUUCUCCUUUUCCCUCCCCCCUCCGGGGUUCAGGGUGGACUCGGGUCGGGGCAGGACUGGCCAAAACAGAGUUGCCAAAAGAUAAAUAGAUUAAAUAAGAAGAAGUAUGGAUAUAAGGAUAUAGGGAGCUCAACUCGAGCUUUUCAGUUCCACCACCAACCCCUAAAAACCCCAGGCCCCCCCCUCCCCCCCUCAGUGUCUGAAGUCUGGGAUAGCUGGGCUAUGUGGUGGUGGACAGAGUGAACUGGAGCUGAUGCAAUGAAAUACCUGUUUUCAAUGUAAAUAAGAUUAGCUUCUUUUAGUUUGUCUGCUACUGUUCAACAUUUAUUUUCUCCAGAAGUCAUCCAAACAUCUGGGAAUCAGGGGAGGGGUGUUAGUCUGAACCCAGAUCACAUGCUCCUGGAUUCUUUUACAUGGAUUAAACCGAAACUGUCUGACUCCUCAGAUGAUCUCAGAAACUCCUCCUGCAUCACCUCCUCAUCCUCCAACCAGCCUCGGGUUUAGGAGGAUGUCAUGUGAGGCCUGUCCUGCACAUCCUGCACUCAGGCCGUCAGCUGAUCCCAGACCAGCUGACCUCCUACAGUUACUCAUUCCUUCAUUUUUACUUUCCAGUCCUGGGCUGAUCUGGGGUCAGUGCGGAUCUGGGGUCAGUGCGGACCACUGGAGACCCUUCAUUCCUCUGCUUUUUAAAAAUGUCUAUCCUUCCUCCUUUUUAUCUUUCUUUUCCAUUUUUAACAUUCUUAUUUUCUUUAUUCAGUGAUUUGGAGUUCAGAAAAGACCAAUAAACAUUUUACACUCUU